GGAAGCCUCAAACCCUGGGCCAAGCAUGGAGAGCCCCGGCUCUGCCGCGCGCUGCCCGGUGCGCCAGCAGCGUGCUCGCUGGGAACGGAAACGCGUCUGCACCGCUCGGGAACUGCUGGAGACCGAGCGGCGCUACCAGGAGCAGCUGGGGCUGGUGGCCACGUACUUCCUGGGGAUCCUGAAAGCCAAGGGGACACUACGACCACCGGAGCGCCAGACCCUCUUUGGGACCUGGGAGCUUAUCUAUGCCGCCAGCCUGGAGCUGCUUCCCUACCUGGAAGAAGGACAGUGGGGCCCCGGGCUACAAGGCUUCUGCCCACACCUGGAGCUCUACGUCCAGUUUGCUGCCAAUGCAGAGAGGUCUCGGACUACCCUUCAGGAGCAGCUCAAGAAGAAUAAGCGUUUUCGGAGGUUCGUGCAGCUUCAGGAAGGCCGCCCUGAAUUUAGGGGUCUUCAGCUCCAGGACCUGCUCCCUCUGCCCCUGCAGCGGCUCCAGCAGUACGAGACUCUUGUUGUGGCUUUGGCUGAGAACACAGUUCCCAAUAGCCCUGACUACCACCUGCUCACACGGGCUGCCCGCCUGGUGAGUGAGACUGCCCAGAGAGUCCACGCCAUUGGCCAGAGUCAGAAGAAUGACCAGCACCUGCGGCGUGUCCAGGCUCUUCUCAGUGGACGAAAGGCGAAAGGGCUCACUUCAGGACGCUGGUUCCUAAGACAAGGCUGGCUACUGGUGGUGCCUCCCACUGGGGAGCCUCGGCCCCGCAUGUUCUUCCUUUUCUCUGACGUGCUCCUCAUGGCCAAGCCUCGGCCCCCAUUGCACCUGCUGAAGAGUGGUACCUUUGUCUGCAGAGCCCUGUACCCCAUGUCCCAGUGUCAACUUAGCAGGAUCUUUGGCCAUUCAGGAGGACCUUGUGGUGGUUUGCUCAGUCUGUCCUUCCCCCAUGAGAAGCUACUGCUCAUGUCUGCUGACCAGGAGGAACUGUCACAGUGGUACCACAGCCUGACUCUGGCUGUUAGAAGCCAGAAGAGCUCGACUCACAGAAGUGUCAAUGCAACAUGACACUGUCACCUACAGCUGAUGUGUGGGCCACAGUCACACCUCUCCCGGGGUACAUGUGGCAGCUGGGCAUGCCCGUGAAGAAGCUUAUAGACGGAACUCAGGACACCACAGAGCCAUUUAACUAGCUCCUGAAGAAUCAGAAAGCAGGCUUCCUUCAACCCAACUGGGCCUCAGUUGAACCAUGCCACCAGGGGCCUCAGGACUGCAAAGCGCCUGCUGUUGUGGCCAGCUGUUCAUUCAAUUUGUAGCUUUGUAAAGGAAGCCACUUUCUGUUACCUGUGGUUGUUUUUAUUUUUGAGACAGGGUCUUACUAUGUGACCCAGGCUGGCAGCGAGCUUGAAUUCCUCCUGCCUCAGCCUCAAAAGUGUUGGAUUUACAGGUGUGUCCUGCCAUCCCGCCUCACCUGGCUAUUGUAUUUAGUUUCUUCUUGAGACAAGCUUUCAUGUAGCUGAGGCUGGUCUUGAAUUCCAGAUCCUUCUGAACUACCUCUUCUGUUGUAAAAGUUCUAUAAUUUAUUUUCCCACUGGAUUUUAAUAAAGUACUGUUUUGUUUUGCUUUUGGAAA